GCUAAGGUAAAUGUUUCUGUUCCAUUGCUGCUUUCAGUUUAUGCUAUUUUGUUGCUCCUGAAGACUUCACGAUGUCCAAGCAAACGUUCAUUUUAUGUCUAAGACACGUGACUCAACGUGACAGCGUAAGAGUGAACUUGAAGAAAUUCGUAGGUCUGGAAUGAAAAACUUCAGAAACAUUCAAGUUGAGGAGUCAAACUUAUUGUCAUGGCAAGGGCUUAUUGUUCCUGACAACCCUCCUUAUGACAAAGGUGCGUUCAGGAUUGAAAUUAUCUUCCCUACCGAGUACCCCUUCAAACCUCCCAAAAUCACAUUCAAGACAAAGAUCUACCACCCCAACAUUGAUGAGAAAGGCCAAGUGUGCUUGCCUGUGAUCAGUGCAGAAAACUGGAAGCCUGCUACCAAAACUGACCAAGUUCCUGUUCAUACAAAGGGCCAGGGUGGUAACCCUGAGGCAGCCCCCGCCGCACCCUCCGUGGACAGGAAGAGCGGUGUCGCCAGACCCCACCUGGUGUCCAGUCCGAGCAAUUCUGCAUGUAGAACUCUCCACCAGCAGCCAAUCCAGACCAUGGUCCACCAUCUUCCACCGGGCAGAACGCACCAGCAGGUGUCCAGCCUCCAAGCACUGCUGUGGGAUGACUCCACCAUCAUAUGAGUACACCAAACGGGAGUCCAACAUCCGUCACAUAGCCAUCUCCCAGUUAUUCAGUCCCUCAUCGCUCUGGUGAACGACCCUCAGCCAGAACACCCCCUGAGGGCAGACAUAGCAGAAGAAUACUCAAAGGACCGUAAAAAAUUCUUGAAGAAUGCCGAAGAGUUUACAAAGAAACACGGAGAAAAGCGACCAAUGGACUGAUCAUGUGACAAGACCAUAGCCCUUUCUGUUUUUUCCUUUCCCUUCCUGCUCUCCCAUGCCCAUAACUGACUCCCUCACUCUCCUCCCCUUUUCCUCCCUACGCCGUUUCUCUUUGCAGCCCUGGAGCUGCCCACCUGAAGGCAGGUUGUGACAGCCAAAGGUCCGCGCUCCAUCCUGGAUUCUGUGUGGAUCAGGCAGCCUCUGCUCCCUCCUUUUUCUCAGCUACAAAUCUUCAGGCCUUCUCUAACUUUUUACUCUUUCUUAAAGUGAAAAUGGAAAAAGACGCUGCAGAAAUAAAAUGCUCACUAUGGCUUAGGUGAAAACAUUCAAAGUGAUGUAUUUUCUUUUAGCUGUUUCUUUUAAACAGUUCUUUAUAAAUCUCAUGUAUGCAUUUUCUUUCUUUUCCCAUAAAACAGUCAUUUUGAAAAUGAAAUCAGUAUAGCAGGAGAAAACCUGUAGCUCAAAUGUUUAUCUCCACUCCUUUGUAGAAUUGCACUGCAAAUAAAAGCAUUUGUUUUCCACCAAUCACUCCAAAUAUAUCAGCUCCAAGUAGCGUCCAAUCCCCAGUUUUAUAAGAGGUUCUUGACAGACUUGUGUUAUGGAUGACUUUAAGAUUGAGCUGUUCUGUAUGAAAGACACUACUGUUUUUCCUAAUAAUUACUAUCUCCUGUUAAUGUUUAAUGAGGACUUGUAAUCAAAUUUGCUGACAAGAUGGUGUUUGAAUUGAUUUAAAUAUUUGAUGUGUAUCCUUUCUCCCACUGCUGGGCUCUACACUAUAAACUCCAUUCGUGUUGGAGUGUUGCUGCAGAUUAGCUACCCUUCUGAGAAGAUUAGAACCUGUUUGGUGGGUUUGAAGCUUGAGAGGAACAACUCAUCUUCAGUCCAGCUUCACUGCUGGAGACAGUCUUUCGAGCACAAACCAGUAAGGCAACUGGGAGGGUGCUGGUUCACUAGGGAGAAGUCCAGUCAUGACCAAUCUACUCUGUAACAACGAUCUAAUCUGGUUCCAGUUUUGUUUCAAAAUAAAUGUGGCUAACCAUUUUC